AUGAAUAACACCAAGGCGAUACCCCUUUCUAGCGACCCGGCCGUGGAGGAAGGUGACAGCCAAUUGGACAGAGAGACGCGGAAGCUGGAGGUGCGGGUCAGGAGGAAAACUGACUUUGCAAUCCUUCCGCUGCUGUGCUCUGUCUUUUUCCUAGCUCAAAUGGGACGCUCCGACUUGGCCAAUGCGAAGGUUGCUGGCAUGGAUGAAGAUCUCGGGCUUACAGCGCAAAUGUACUCGAACGUCUCGAGCAUUUUCCUGGUUGGAUACAUCCUGUUCCAACUCCCUGGGACGCUGUUGCUAAGAAAGAUCGGGCCGCCACGUCAGUUCGCCGGCGCUAUGAUCAUCUGGGGAAUCAUUACCGCCUGCACCGUUGAAGCAAAGAGCUACGCCGCCCUCAUGGUUAUUCGGGCGCUGAUUGGCUGCGCCGAAGGCUUCAUCCAAGGCGCCGUCUUGUACCUCUCCUUCUGGUACCCUUACAACGAGCUCGCCACGCGUGGUGCCAUCCUCGCCUCGACCACCGCCCUCGCCGGCUCCUGCAACGGUCUCCUGGCCUACGCAAUCACGCUCACCCUCGAUGGCGCCAACGGCUGGUCGGCCUGGCAGUGGAUCUUCCUGGUCGAAGGCGUCGUCCCCAUAGCCUGGGCGUUCGUCGUGCUCACACUCCUCCCCAGCACCCCCGAGCGCAUCCGAUUCUUCUUCACCGCCGCUGAGAAAGAUGUCGUCCUCGCACGCAGCCGGGCCAUGCACAACACCGGCGACAGCCGCAUCCGGCCGAAGCUCAUCCUCAGGGUCCUCGUAGACCCCAAGUUCUGGCUCAUCACCCUCAUUGACGCCGGCGCACACUUCUGCGUCAGCGCCCUGUCUAACUUUACGCCUGCCAUACUACAAGGCCUGGGCUACGCCGGAGUGCAGGCGCAGCUUAUGGCUAUCGUCGUUUACGCCGCCGCCUUCGUCGGCAUCCUGUCGUCAUGCAUCAUCUCCGACAGGCUCCGAAAACGCGGCGUCGUCAUCUGUGUCAAUGCCGCCCUGGCGGCUGUCGGGUAUGCCCUGCUACUUGGCCUGACAGGCAACACGGGAAGGCUGGUCGCGACGUGCCUGGUUGCAUGCUGCGCGUAUCCCAUCGUCGUGCUGAGCAUGGUGUGGAUGGCGAGCAAUCAGGUUGGGUAUACGUUUCGCGCCAGUGCCGCGGCGCUGGUCAAUGUUGUAGCGCAGACGGUGGCCAUUGGGGGGAACCAGGCGUUCAACGAUCCGCCAUAUUAUCGGAAGGGGUUGAGCCUCUCGUUAGGCGGGGUUUGUUUGGCAGGGGUUGCGGCGGCUGUGUUAAUGGUUCAUUUGAGAGCGUCAAAUGCGAGGAAGGUGAAGGACCAGUAUGGGGAAAAGGGAGAGAGCUUGAGGAGGUAUACUGUGGAUGAGGUGGGGAAUAGGCACCCGGACUUUUUCUUUUCUUACUGA